UAAGAGAAGAAAAAAAAAAAAAAAAAAGAAGCUGUAAUGACUUCUGUAGCUGCUUCAUUUUCAUCUUGUUUCCAUGGCGAAAGCUUAUCUUCUUCUAUUUUCACCCCAUCUACCUCCUGUAACGGCGUCACUGGUAGAAAAAGAUUUAUUGUUUUUGCCAAGAGAUUAUCAGGCUUGGAGGAAGCUAUGAGAAUAAGAAAGGAACGCGAACAAAGAACUUCAUCGCCAAUUAAACGUAGAACACCAUUGAGGCGUUUAAAGGUAUCACCACGUCUUCCUGUGCCUGAUGACAUACUGAAGCCUCCUUAUGUAAGCUCUAAAAUAUUACCAGAGAUUGCAAGUGAGUUCCAAAUUCAUGAUGAAGAAGGGAUUGCUCGUAUGAGGGCUGCUUGUGAGCUGGCUGCACGGGUUUUGGAGCAUGCAGGAACUUUAGUUAGGCCUUCAGUGACGACAAAUGAAAUUGACAAAGCGGUACACCAAAUGAUUAUAGAUGCUGGUGCUUACCCUUCACCUCUUGGUUAUGGGGGAUUCCCAAAAAGUGUGUGCACAUCGGUCAAUGAAUGCAUGUGCCAUGGAAUACCCGACUCCCGUCAACUGCAGGAUGGAGAUAUAAUAAAUAUUGAUGUCACUGUCUACUUAAAUGGUUAUCAUGGUGACACCUCAAGGACAUAUCUAUGUGGAAAUGUCGAUGAUGCUACAAAACGCCUUGUGAAGGUUACCGAAGAGUGCUUGGAAAGAGGUAUUGCUGUUUGCAAAGACGGAGCUCUUUUCAGGAAAAUUGGGAAAAGGAUUAGUGAACAUGCUGAAAAAUUUGGCUAUGGUGUCGUGGAACGUUUUGUGGGGCACGGUGUAGGGACCGUAUUCCAUUCAGAGCCACUUAUAUUUCAUCACCGUAAUGAGAGGCCUGGUAGCAUGGUUGAAGGUCAAACAUUCACCAUUGAACCAAUUCUUACACUUGGAACGACGGAGUGUUUUACAUGGGAAGAUAACUGGACCACCCUAACAAAGGAUGGCAGCCCUGCUGCUCAGUUUGAACAUACCAUUUUGAUCACUAAAACCGGUGCUGAAAUCUUGACAAAGUGUUGAAGAUUUCACAAUUGCCUGUGAUAUUUGUAUUGUUGUCAAAUCAAUUAGUUAUGCGAUAUCUUCAGCAAGCAGUGCUGAUUUUUAAGAAAGGAAAACAAAUUUACUAGAUUAUAUGUUGUAUAGAAUUAGUCAAUUAGAGACGCAUUCAUGCUGACAUGAUUUUUUAUGCUAUACUGUAUGUUUUCCAUGUGUUUAUAAACUUUGUUAGAACUUA